AUGUGGAACUUCUGUCCUAAUAUCGGCGCAUCUGCCAUCUUUCUCACCCUCUUCAUUCUCACCACGGCCGCCGAUCUCGCCCAGGUCAUUCGCUUCCAGAAAACCUACUGCUGGGUCAUAGUCAUGUCCGGAGUGUGGCAGGUUCUGUCGUACAUCUUCCGUACUGCCAGAAUUGAGGCACCUGCCAGCUUUGGCAUGUACGCGUCCUGGUUUGUUCUCAUCCUGGUGACCCCACUGGGGACCAACGCCUUUACCUACGACGUCUACGGAGCAGCACAGGCGACAGGAAGCAACGUCAGCCAGUAUGACAUUUUCAAGGGCCUUCACAUCUACAUGGUUGGCGUUGGCACCCAGUUGUUGUGUAUCCUCGUCUGUGGCAGCUUUAGCAUCAAGUUGUUCACUGUCAUGUGGGCCACUGGCGACAAGCAGAGCUCACUAUGCGUCUUAUUUUCACCCAGUUCUUGGCUAUGGUGCUCAUCAUUGUCAAGUUCCCCCGUUUCGAUGACUUUUUCAGCUGUGUCCCUAGCUAGCACUAUCUAUUUUUCGCCCCAGAGUCGCAUCUUGUUUCGUAUCGUUGAGUACUCGAGCGGCAUCGACAGCAGUUUCCCUAACCAUGAAGCUUUCCAUUAUUGCUUAGAUUCAUUGACAAUGUUUGUUGCACUCGUGCUGUACAAAAUCGUGCACCCUGGCCGCAUCUUUCGCGGCCCGGAGACCGAAAUGCCUUCAACCUGGGUGAAGUGGAAGAAAUGGUUCAGCAUAAAUUUUUAA